AUGACAUCCUGGUUACUGGCAUCAACGACGCGGACCCACCUGCAGAACCUGCACAACGUCCUGGCACGGCUGCAGGACACCAGGCUUAAGCUCAAGCUGGAAGAGUGCAUUUUCCUGGCCCCCAGUGUUGAGUACUUGGGACAUGAGCAUCCGCUCUAUCCUCUGCUUCGAAAUCGUCAGCAAUGGGUCUGGAAGAAGGAGCAGGACCGGGCAUUCCAGCGCAGCAAGCAAGCAGGAAGCAAGGAACUAAUUACCCAGGCUCCAGUGCUGGUACACUUUGGUCCUGCAAAGCCUGUCGUCCUGACCGUAGAUGCAUCGCCAUACAGCGUGGGCGCCGUCUUGGCACACCGGGACAAGGAUGGCCAGGAAUGUCCUGUGUCGUUUGCUUCUCGUCGGCUUCAUGCUGCAGAGAAACGCUACAGCCAGCAGGACAAGGUAGGCUUGGCCCUCAUGUUUGGUGCCAAACGCUUCCACCAGUAUCUGUGGGGCCGGAAGUUCGAGGCGGUCACUGGCCACAAGCCACUGUUGGGGCUACUGGGGCCUGACAAGGCAGUACCAGUGCAGGCAUCACCGCGAGUGGACCUGGGAUCUGCUGAUGCCCUGAGCCGCCUGCUCCUGCCAGAGGUACCUGAUGCUGUUCCAGAACCUGCUGAAGUGUUCAUGCUGGAGCACGCGUACCUGGAGGUGCUCUCCAGAUCUGACGUAUCGGAAGCGACCAGCUUGGACUCAGUCCUUUCUACGGUGGUUAAGGCAGUGUCCCGUGAGAAGGAAUUGGUUCAGCAGGCCUAUAGCUGCAAGGGCGUGGAGCUGAACUUGCAGCACGGCUGUCUGUUGUGGGGUUCCAGGGUGCUGAUCCCCCAAAGUCUCCGGUCCAGGGUCCUGCAGUUGCUACACGUCUCCGCCACCCAGAGGUUGCGGGACGUUAUUGUGUCCGACAAAAGUCCUGCUUUGGCCAGCAUAGAGUACCUCGCCUGGCUGACGAAGAAUGGAAUCCGCCGGAUGAUGGUUCCGCCAUACCACCCCUCCUUAAAUGGUGCAGCUGAGCGGGUGGUGCAAACUAUCAAGGACAAGCUCAAGAAGAGCCAGCCUGGGGAUUUCCGGACGCAGAUUCUCCAGAUAGUGUUUCAGUUCGGACCACACCCCACGAUGUCACUGGCGUGCCGCCUGUGA